AUGGAGGUCAAAAUGCUGCGCUGGACAGCCGGAGUAACGCGCCUAGACCGUAUAAGUAAUGACGCCAUCAGGGAGCGAUUCGCUGUAGCGCCCAUUGUCGAUGAAAUGCGCGAAGCCCGUCUACGAUGGUAUGGUCAUGCUCUUCACGCAAAGAAUGAAAGUGCCCGUAAGAUCGGUCUCAACCUCAACGCGUCCGAAGAGCGGCCUAAAGGACGUCCAAAACAGCGCUGGCUCGAUACGUUGCACGGAGACCUUAAAGGCACGGUUCACGAUGAAAAAGGUCACUGA